AUGCGUACUGACGUCGAGUUUGAACGUGAACGUCUUGCUGGCAUUUCUAUAGUAAUAUGCACACCAGGACGACUUUUACAACAUAUGGAUGAGAACGGCUAUUUUUGUUUUGACCAACUUCAAAUGCUUGUUAUUGAUGAAGCUGACAGAAUUUUGGAUAUGGGAUUUAAACAACAGAUUGAUGCAAUUAUUGAAAACUUACCAAAGCAAAGGCAAACUCUUCUUUUCUCUGCAACACAGACAAAAAGAGUGGAAGAUUUAGUUCGUGUCUCGCUAAAUGAUCCAGUAUUUGUAUCUGCUCAUGAAGGUGCUAAGAAUUCAACGCCUGAUCAAUUAACUCAAUCCUAUCUAGUCUGCGAAGAAGAGGAUAAAAUUAAUAUUGUUUGGUCUUUUCUAAGAAAUCAUAAAACAAAGAAAACGCUUAUAUUCGUUACAAGUUGUAAACAGGCUCGUUUUCUUACCGAAGCAAUAACCCAUUUACGUCCAGGCCUUUUCUUCACAGGCCUCUGGGGAGGUUUAAAACAAGGAAAACGAAUGGAACGUUUCCAACGUUUUGAUGAAAUUGUCAAUAAAGGAGCAGCGAUGAUUUGUACAGAUAUUGCAAGUAGAGGAUUAGACUUUGUUGGACUUGAUUGGGUUUUACAAAUGGAUUGUCCUCCGUCUGUUGAUGAUUAUAUUCAUAGAGUUGGAAGAACUGCACGUAUGAACAAAAGUGGUGAAGCAAUGCUUAUGUUGACAAGUAAUCAAGAAGAUGUUUUUGUUGAAAUGUUAAAAUCUCGUCAAAUUCCAAUUAAUAAAGUUGAGGUUGAAAAACAAAAAUUAUUUUCUAUUCAAUUGAAAUUGGCAAAUUUAAUGAUUCCGUUUCCUGAAGUUAAACAUUUUGCACAAAGUGCGUUUGUCGCUUAUGCUCGUGCUGUCUAUUUUGCACAAUUAAAAGCAGUCUUUAAUGUUGAUUCAAUCAAUUUUGAGGCAUUGGCAAAAUCUUAUGGUCUACCUUUAACUCCAAGAAUUCGUUUUCUUUGCAAAAGAGGUAUUAAUGUUGGAGAUUCUGAUAAUAAGAAAAAGACUGUUGCUGAUGAAGUUAAGCUUGGUGGUGAUACAUCAAGUAAUGCUUUUGAUGUAGAUGAAGAACAAGAAAAGGAUGAAAAAGAUGUUGGAGAUGAAUUUCUUAAAAUUACAAGAAGGGAUGUUUUUAAUGAAGUUGCGGAAGUUAAACCUGAGGAAGAAAUUCUUGCUCGUAUUUCCUCCAAAAAAGCUAUAACAAAAACACAUUUGGCAUCAAAAAUGCUUAGGAGGUUAGGUAAUUCUGGUAUUGCAAAGAGAAAAAGGUUUGCUGAAUCGGAUGAAGAUAAUGAUUGAAUUGACUGAAAAUUUUUUGUUUAUUUUUGAUUUUUAAUAUAUUGUUUUUUUGUUCUUGAUUUUGUUUAAA